CUGGCGCACAGCACUCCUGUAGCCCCGACCCUGCGCUGGCCUGUCACCACCGAGGCCCGCUUCUGGACCAGCAGAGGGUGGGGGCCCGGCGGUCCUGCUGUGCCCAUGCCUGCCAACGUGCCAGGGGUGCCUGGCUUUGUGCACCCAGGCCGGCUGGCGGUCUGGGCUCACGACACCGCAGAGAAGCGCAGACCCAUCUCGGCGGGGGUCUUGAGGAUGCAUGGAGAUCCGGGGUGGGAUGGGGAGGGGGGCUCUCGGAAGAUGUUCGCAGCUUUUCGUGUGCUCCUCGGCUCCGGUGGCGUGAGGUCGGGAAGGGGCUCCGACCUGGAACACCCACCCUGGGAGGAGGGGAGAGGUUCGGGGACGGUCCCAGCGCUCAGCUGCAGUGAAACGGUGGGCUGGCAGGAGCGGGGGCUCACGGGGGGCCGUGGGUGCCGGUCUGUGGGCACAGCCAUCGCUGUGGGUGCAGACAGGGCACCUGGAUGGACACGAUGGGGUGUCAGUCCUGAAGGAAUCUUGGAAGAGGCUUUGGGAGGCUAGAGGCAGGGCCAGCAGAGGCAGAGUGGCACCGAGGGAGUGGGGGCGGGAAGGGCAGAGCAGGCCAGGCGUCUCUGCCAAUGGACCCUUUCGGAAAGGGCUCUAAAGCGUGUGGAAAAGGAGGGCGGGCACAAGGGGCCAGGGAGGCAGUGGGGAGCUCUGGCAAGGAAGGGCCCAGGGGUCCCAGUGGGGAGGUGUGGUGACAGGACCGGCCUGUUUGGAGAGCCAGCCUGGAUGGGAGGCCCACUGGGGUCCCCGCUGACCCUGACACCGUCAGCUGAGGGGCUGCGGCAGGUGGCAGGGCCCGGAAGUUGGGAUUGCCGAUCCUGCCAUUUGGGGAGAACGUGGCAGAUUUCCAAAUGAAAACGGGUGGAGAGUGGAGCGCAGGCCUGCUCGGCCCUGGAGAGGCCGCCUCCCCGCCGGCUGUGCCCCAAGUUCCUCUUUCGCCGAAGGAAGUGAACCGAGAACUGGCGAGCUGGAAAGGUGGUCUGAGGCCUGCGCGGGAGGGCGGGAGCCAAACCAUUGUUCCCAGGUUGGCCUGCUUCCCGGGCAGCCUGAGGGGAAGUCUCUGUUCCCGGGUUCCUGGACUUGCAAAACCAGAGUGCACAAAAGGGAAGUGGGGUCACCGCAAGGAACCGGGGACCAGAGAAAGGCAGGGCCGGGAAGGGAGCGGGCGUGGGGGCGUCCGCGGGCCCCCAGGUGCGGAGCGGCGGGCAGCGGCCCCGAGCAACAGCACCGGGGCCGGGCCCUGACCUGGCGGCACCCCCGCCCACGGUCUCCACAAUGUCUGCGCUGUGACGAGCACCACCGGCUCCAAGACCUGAGCGUGUUUCUCUCACUGGCCCGUCCUGCUCGCUCGACAUGCGGCAGUUCUGGCCGCCUGAGCACGUCCGCCGUGCCACGUGCCCACACCCCGGGCUCGGCUGGCUCUGCCAGCCGUGCUCCCCGGGACCCACGUUCUAUCUGCACAGGGCGCGGGCGAGCCCAUCUCGAGGCAGGUGCUUGGCUGUCCGGGAGCCUCCGUGACGCUGGCACCCUCCGCCCCCCCCACUCCCCCUCCAAAGACAGGGAUGAGCUUCGGCAAAUGCCAGACAGACGGCCCCGUUCGUGACACAAGGCGGCUCCUCACCGCUGGCCUCCCUGGAGGAUUGCCGGAACGAAAGGACGAGGCCUCUCGUCAGGCCUAGAGAAAGCGAACCGUCUGCAUCCAGAUCACGGCCGCCCGUGUACUUGACCCACGUGGGAACCAUGCACGCGCAGCGCCCCCUCCGACAAGCGAGCUGGGGCCACACGAGCACGUGAACUAGGAAGGAGGCUCUCAACAGACCGCGUUCCGGCUGAGGCUUUCCCAAGAACGGAGCCGUCCUCAGCCCAGCACGGCGGCCCGCCAGCGGCCCUUCCUGCGGCCCCACGGGGCAGCCGUGGGCAGUCAGGGCCGCGGCUCUGACCCCGCGGCCGGGAGGCUCCAGGCCGGCUGUGUUCCACAGCGACGUCGAGAAGACACCCACCCUUCUUCCUGCCGGUCCCGAGCCUGGCCCUCAGCCACCGCUGCCCGCUUUGGAGAGCUCUCGGGGCCACGCCCCCGGGCAGGCGGCCACGGCCCCUCUCCAUGGUGACUGGGUAACUCUCAGGGAGGCCCGCGUUCCGCCCUUAGUGGCCACCCAGCUUCCUCGCAGAGGGAAAAAAGGAACUCGUCUGUGCACACGCCCAGCACCCCGAGUGUCCGGAGCGGCCACGUGGGCUCCAGACGAGCCUCAUCGCACCGGCCCCGGCACCCAGUGCGGGCCGGGGGCGCAGAGGGGGGAGGAAGCGGGCGCUCCCGAAACCGGAGCGGCAGGGCAGGAGCCUGAUCCGACGGUGCCGGCCGGCCCUUCCAGGCACAACCCUCAUUCCGUGAAACCGGCUGUAAACAGAGCUGGGGAGGGGCCGCCGUGCCUGCCAAGGGAGGCAGAGACCGAGUGAUUUACUGGAGGAAAACAAGUGUGCGUCCACACUGGGCACCGAGCGCACACACGCGCCCGCGCAGGAAGCCAGCGCUGCACGGCUGCGGCUGAUAAGCUCCCGGGGGUGGGGUGGGGGUGGGGGUCGGGGGCAGAGAAACAGGAUCCUCUCGGCGUCCUUGGCUGCUCACAGACGGGGUCUGCGGUCCGGGCGCACAGAAACGCGGGGCUCGGGAUAAAGCCCGCCAUCAUGUGGAGCUGCGGCCCGCUCAACGGCACGGGCGGUGCAGAGGACCAGCCGCUGUGCCAGCACCUGCAUCUGGUCCUGUCCGUCUUCUCCCUGCUCUACCUGGUGGCCGGCGUCCCCGUCGGCCUGGGCUAUAACGCCCUGCUCGUCCUGGUCAACCUGCACGACCAGAGCAGCAUGACCAUGCCCGACGUCUACUUCGUCAACAUGGCCGUGGCAGGCCUGGUGCUCAGCGCCCUGGCGCCCGUGCACCUGCUGGGCCCCACCGCCUCCGGGUGGGCCCUGUGGGGCUUCGGCAGCGAGGCCCACGUCACGCUGCUGGUGCUGUUCAACGUCUCCUCCCUGGUGACCAUGUACUCCACGGCCCUGCUCAGCCUCGACUGCUACAUCGAGCGGGCGCUGCCGCGCACCUACAUGUCCAGCGUCUACAACACGCGACACGUGUGCGGCUUCGUCUGGGGCGGGGCCCUGCUCACCAGCUUCUCCUCCCUGCUCUUCUACGUCUGCAGCCAUGUGGCCGCCAGGAUCGUCGAGUGUUCCAAGAUGCGGGACGCGCAGGCCGCGGACGCCAUCAUGGUGUUCAUCGGCUACGUGGUCCCCGCCCUGGCCGUGCUCUACGCGCUCGCGCUCAUCUCGAGGAUCCGGAAGGCGGACACGCCGCUCGACCAGGACGCGGGGAGGCCGGACCCCUCGGUGCACAGGCUCCUGGUGGCCACCGUGUGCACGCAGUUCGGGCUCUGGACGCCUCACUACCUGACCCUCCUGGGGCACACGCUGCUGGCCUUGCGGGGGAAGCCCGUCGACAGGCACCACCUGGGGAUCCUGCUCUUCGCUAAGGACGUGGCGAGAUUCCUGGCCUUCUCCAGCAGCUCCGUGGUGCCGCUCCUUUACCGCUACAUCAACAGAAACUUCCCCAGCAAACUCCGGCGGCUGAUAAAGAAAAUGCACUGCGGGCGCCAGAGCUGCUCCCCGGACCAAGCAGGGGUACAGCAGGUGAUGGCGUAGAGCCGGCGGCCGGGGUCACGGCCGCUCGCUGAGCGCGGGUCCUGGGGCCGCCACCAGUGCCCCGGGUGGGGUCAUCGGACGGGCAGUCGACGGCGUACUUCCCGGAGGCACGGUCCGGGCCCCCUCCUGGGAGACAGGCGACCGACACUUGACCUGGAUGCACAGCACUUUGUCGCUGCCUGCUCUGUCACGCUCUUCCCCAGGAUGUCACUGAGGCCGGGACCCAGAACAGCACGAGGCGUGUUCUCUCCAAGUUUUCUGCUUCCAGACAGGUCGCUCUUAGGCCAAGGCCGCGCGGUCCAAGGCGGGAGGGGCCUGGCGUGAAAAACAGCUGCCUGCCCACCUGCUUCGGGCGCAAUAGCGUCCUCAGCCUGGCCGCCUCCACCCUGGGUUUCUGAAUGAAGUCAGGAGAAUCCAAAUCCAGUGUUUAUAUUCUGUGCCGGCAAAAUACCCGAUUCUGUCUCUUGCGCUUAUAAAAAGAUUCGAGAGAAGUCACCAAAGCCUGAAAGCGAAGGAAGCAACACGAAGGGCACUCCCGUUGGACGGACGGGCGGGCUCCUGCUACCGCAGGGUCGUGCUGGGUGGGGUGAGGCGGGGAGAGGCGCGUGCCGUGCCACGCACACAGGCAGCGUGCAAAUGCUUCAGAAGGACAGGGCCAGCAGUGUGGCUGGUCUUAGGCGGAGGGCCCUUAACUGGUACCCCUGCUGCCCUCCCCGGUGACCUCAGCUAACCGUCUUCAGUAGAAGCCAACUCCCCAAAGUGUGCACAAAACCCCACGCUAAUAGUAAACCGAAGAGAGGAAAGCGCGGUGAGGAUUUCCAACCUAACACAGAAGCUGGGAGGGACCGCCUGGGGAGUCACAGGCCUGCAAGGCGGAGCCCGGUGUGGCACGGGGGCAGAGCGUGGGGCCACCACUGCCACCUCGCACCCGACAACAGCCUGCUUCGCCAGACGCGGCGCGUGCCUGGAUCCUUCCACGCCGCGUCCCGUAAACACCUGCUCUAAAACCGUGGCCGUCGAAGCCCCCUGCUCUCCUCGACACCAUCCGCUCACCUGCACCCCGACGUCACGACGCACCACAGGCCUGCAGCCCCCUAACUGCACCUCUGAAACCCACAAAGCUCUAAAAACAGGAAGAUUUGUUUGUCAAGUUUGCGGCACAUUCCCUUGGUAGCAAACCUUGAGCUGAAGUGGUAGGAGAGCGCUUUUCUGAGGAAAGAGGAGCGUGAAUGUGAUUACGGAGCACUGGCCCGGCCCCACAGGGCCCCGUAACACGCAGCACACACAGCAUGUUAACUGCGUGCGCGCAAACGCAGAGAACAGGUGAACGUAGGUCGUUUGCCAAAAGCAGCCGGAAGUAUGCACACGCCUUAAGAUGUCAUUCCUACGUCACCCUACGCUUUCCUGCGGGGUUACGGUGACAGGGAGCGGCUGGGGCUGGCAGCUUGGGAACUCCAACCCGCGUUUAGGUUUGUGCAUCCAAAAAUGUGUUGCUUUUUGUCGCUGCUCAGCAAUACACUGUAUUUAUUUAUUUAUUUGUUUAUUUUUACCUUCUGACUCCCUUCACCCGUUUCUCCUCCCUGCCCCGGCAACCACCAAUCCAUGCUGCUUCCGUGGCCUUGGUUGUUUUUCUUAAAGAUCCCCUGUACCAGUGAGAUCAUGUUCUACUCCUCUUUGACUUAUCUCACUUAGCACAGUGCUCUCCAGGUCCGUCCGUGUUGUCGCAAAUGGCCAGAUUUCAUUUCUGUUUAUGGCUAAUAUUCCGCAGUGCAUGUACCCGCCCCCCCCCCCCCCUUCUUCUUCAUCCACUUGUCUGUCAAGGGACACUCAGCUGCUUCUGUGUCUGGUCUGUUGUGAAUAACGCGGCAGUGAACGUGGGGGUGCAGACACCAUUCUGACUGAGUGCUUUUGUUUCCUUUGGGUAGAUACCCAGAAGUGCGAUCACCGGAUAAGUAGACCUGCUUUUGACUUUUGAGGCACGUCUGUACUGUUUUCACAGUGGCUGCGGCAGUGCGCAUCCCCACCAGCGGUGCACGAGGACCCCUUUCCCGUACUCCCUCGCCAGCGCUCGGUGUCCUCUUGGUGGCGGCACCCUAGCAGGCGUGAGGAGCACCCGCUGGGGUUCUGACGCGCUCCUCUGACGAGUGCCGCUGAGCACCUUCUCACGUACACGUUGGCCGUCUGCGUUCUUUGCAGAAAUGUCUGUUCUCAUCCUUUGUAAUCACAUUUUAUUUUGCUACUGGGUUGUGGGAGUGCUUUAUGUAUUUUGGAGAUCAGUCCCUUAUCAGAGGUAUUAACAUACUAACUUUUGACAACCUGAAAACUUAAUUCUGACACAUCUGAUCCGAGGAUGGCACAGUGUGGCUCUGUGUUUUGCCACAUUCCAUUCAGGGAAAUCGCUCCAUUUGGCCCUGGUCUCUCGGGAGAUUCAGCCCAUGACUUGGUUGCCAUUGUGUUUCUGUCUGCAGAAUGUAUCCCCUCCGGGGUGAUGCGAUGACUGAGUUCAGAGUCUGCCUGUGCAGAAGCAUGAAAAUACACUGGACACCAGGGUCCUGGUCUUACUCGCCCCUGGUAGCUGUGAAAUUCUGGACAGGUGGGGCCUAAUCUACUUCCUGGCCAGUAAAUCAGGGGCAGAAUUAGAGAAGUUUCUGGGUUGCCUCUGUCCGUGAACGUGCUAUUUCUACUGAAGGGCGCAACGCCCCUCUGCUGCAGGGUUUCCCCCAGUCCUGAAAGUCUCAGACCCGACCCCCUCCACUCCUCAAGCUGUGGGCUGCACGGCGGGGGAUCCCGUGGCCCCGGCUCCGCUGGGGAACUCUCGUGUUGGCCGAGCGAAUGGCGGGUUGCAGGGUGCCCGGCAUUGCAGCCGUGGGGCCUCUGACCUCACACACACCUGCUAUCACGGAGUCUCAGUCCUCGUCCUCUCACGGCGGGUGGGUGGGGCUGGGGCCAGGGUCAGUCCCAGGUCCACCACACAGGGCCAGGCUCUUGGGUCAGGAAGCCAACACUGUUCUUAGGGGACACGGGACCCAGCGGGUGGGCUGGUUUGGGGUGGCAGUGCUAUUUCAAAUAAAAAGACCCUUUUCCUCA